UGACUACAAUCACACAACAAACAUGGCGUCGCCGGAUCGGCAUCAAGAGCGUGAAUCACUGAAGAAUAAAACUAGUCAAGAUGACGGAGGAAAAAAAUCUGGUCCAAUAUCUUUCGGUUUUAGUAAAACAUUGAUCAAGGUUAAGUCCGGAAAAGCGGAGGAGCGAGAUUAUUUAGUUGAAGUCGAAGGAAAAGAACUUAAAGGAACCAAACCGGUGGAGAAACCGAAGGAGCUGGUCAUCCCGUUGAUCCACAAGAACCGCUGGUACCGGCAGGAUGCUGAGCGAGGCGACAAGAGCAGCGAAGACAAGAGCAGAGGUCCGUCCCGGGAGGAGCAGGACACCGUGGAGUCUCUGGCCGUCAAAGAACUCAUCGAAGAGUCUCAAAAGCACCAGGAGAGAUGGAAGAACGGACAGCAGAUGGAUCCAAACUUCGCCAUUCCUCUUCUCAUGCAGAACCAGGCCCCUGAGGGAUUUGAGGAUGGAGACAAAGUCAAAGUGGAUUUGCGACCAGAGUCGUCCACAGAGGCUGACUAUGAACGUGUUCCUGUGGAGGCUUAUGGGCUGGCCAUGCUGAAGGGAAUGGGCUGGAAGCAAGGAGAAGGAAUCGGACGCACGUUUAAACAAGAUGUAAAGCCCAUAGAGCAUGAGUUAAGGCCUAAAGGGCUUGGUUUGGGAGCAGAUCGCUCUGCUAUUAAAGACCUAGAGCCCGGCGUCCCCAAGAGACCCCCUAAACCCGGUGAGGAGAGGAAAGAAGAGGAGACGCUGGUUCUGGGACCUGGAGGAUGUGUGCAGGUCCUGGCAGGAGCACACAAAGACCUGUAUGGGAAGAUCGAGGGAGUGGAUCCAGAUAACGCCAGAGUUGUAGUCAAACUGGCCAUCGGAGGGAAGACGGUUACCAUUAUUCAGCACUCUUUAAAAUUAGUCACCCGUAAGGAAUACGACAAAUACAGCAAAGACCUCAGUCGUCUUAGUAAAGCACACAAGGACAAAGAGAGAGAAAAAGAGCGGGAACAGCAGAGGGAACGGGAGGAGAGGUUAAACGGCAAAGAUGACAGAGGAAAGACGGACAGGGAUCGAGAACGGGAGAGGAACCGAGACAGAGAUCAGAAGAAACGCAAACACAGAGACUCAAGUACAGACAGAGAGAAGCAUCCGCCAGUAAAGGAGUCGAGGCCCACACCCAGCCCCUCGUGGCUCCAGAGAGACCUCCGUGUGCGAUUCAUAGAUAAAGCAUUCAAAGGAGGCAGAUACUACAACUCUAAGAUGAGAAUCGAGGACGUCUUGACGCCUCACACCUGUGUGUGUCGUACCGAGGAGGGCAGACUGCUGGACGAUAUAAGACAGAAGAUGCUGGAGACCAUUGUACCCAAGAACGACUCGGAGUAUAUUAUGGUGGUUCUGGGAGAACACAGAGGACAGGUGGGCCGCAUCCUGAAGCGCGACCGAGAGAAGUGCCGAGCCAUGGUUCAGCUGGAGCGGUACGAGGAGCAGGUGUUCGCUCUCGACUACGACUCCAUCUGUCAUUACGUGGGCGGAACUGAACACUGAGAGGCCGAAUGAAUACGACGCGCCCUUCAUCAUCCCAGUCUCAUUCUGACAGCAACACGAGUUGUGAUUGGCCGCUUUUCCCUACAUUGCUAGAGACCAACAUAUCGGAUGCAUCACAUUUUUUAAUACAACCAAGACUUAAUUUAUUUUGCUAGUUGUGGUGGUGUAUUUUUAAAUGCGAGUUUAGAGCCAAAUGUGGAGUCAUAACUUCUUUGUUGCGCUGUGACAGUGCCGUAUCUGUAUAACUGGGUGGAUCUUAAAGCAACAUAAUGUCCUGUUAAUAAGUCUAUGUUGCCAAGUGAAGAAGUAGUGCCAUGUUUCUCUCCGUAUAGUGAUAACGGACGUCUACACUGGUCGUCGGUUCAGGAGCAUCGGCGUUUGAGUGUCAGGGAAUUUACAUUUCAACCCAAUGUAAUUAGGGAUAAAAAUGUCACUGCCAGUUAAUUAGGAUCAAAACACUUCUGAAACUCUGCUCUGGCUUCUUAGUCCAAUAAAGAUGUCGAUUCAUGUUCAGUCUAUGUACAGAGUUAUACACAAGCCACCUAGAAUUUCCACUUGUUAUCCUUUUAUAAUAAAAUGUUCAAAGUCCUUCA